AUGGGGUCACUGACGGGCUUGGUCCCCUGGGGUCACUUGGAGCCUUUUUUCCCCUGGGGGUGCGACGCGGCGUUUCCCCUGGGGUUCACCGAGCCUUUUCCCGGGGUCACCUGGAGCCUUCUUCCUGGUACUUUCCCCUGGGGUCCACCCGGAGCCUUUCCCUGGGGUCAACGUGGGAAGGCUUGGUUCCCUGGGGGGUCGGACGAGGCUUUUCCCUGGGUCACUGAGGCUGUUUCCCCUGGGGUACUCGAGCUUUCCCCCUGGGGUCCACUUUUCCCGCUGGGGUCAACCGACCUUUUCCCCUGGGUCACUGAGGCUUUUCCCCUGGGGUUCACUGAGCCUUUCCUGGGGUCACUGAGGCUUUUCCCCUGGGGUCACCGCACCUUCCCACUGGGGAUCCCGAGAGGCCUUUUCCCCUGGGGUCACCGGCCUUGUUCCCACUGGGGGCUCACCGAGAGGCCUUUCCCCUGGGAGCUUUUCCCGUGGGUCCGGAGGCCUUUCCCUGGGUCACCGAGGCUUUUCCCCGGGUGUCACCGUAGCCUUUUCCACCUGGGGUCACCUGAGCCUUUCACCCUGGGGGGUGAGGUUCCCCUGGGUCGACCCGAGCUUUUUCCCCUGGGGUCCACUCUAGCCUUUUCCGCUGGGAUCAGCCUAGCCUUUUCCCUGCUGGGGUCACCGCUUUUAACCCCAAGCUGGGGUCACCGGGCCUUUUGCCUGGGUGUCACCGAGGCUUUUCGUCCUGGGGUCAACCGAGCCUUUUCCCUCCUGGGGGUCACCGAGGCUUUUCCCUACUGGGGUCACCCGGAGCUUUUCACCUGGGGAUCACCGGAGGCUUUUUCCCCUGGGGUCACCGAGCUUUUCCCCUGGGGUCACCAGGCUUUUCCCCUGGAGGUCACGCCCGGGGUCGAGCUGAGGCUUUUUCCAACUGGGGGUCAAUCAGUAGCCUUCGUUUCCCCCCUGGGUCACCCGGAGCCUUUUCACGCUGGGGUCCCAGAGGUAUUUCCGCCCUGGGGUCAACCCCGGGGUGUCACUGAGGCGCUUUUCCCACUGGGUCACCGAGGCCUUUUCCCCCCUGGGGUCACUCCGAGGCCUUUUUCCUGGGGUCACCGAGGUUUUCCCCGGGGGUCACGGGGCUUCCCCUGGGGUCACCGGGGGCUUUCCCCUGGGGUCACCGAGGCUUUUCCCCUGGGGUCACUGAGGCUUUUCCCCUGGGGUCACCGGGGCUUUUCCCCUGGGGUCACCGAGGCUUUUCCCCUGGGGUUUCAACCUCACUGA